GAGGAGAACGACGAUGUCGAUAAACAGGCCAAAGACAAGGAGAAUGAAGAGGCUGAUACCAAUGGAAAUGCUAAUAACGCUAGUCAUAGCGAAUCCGAAGUUUCUGCGAGCGAGAAUGGAUCUUCUGUGCCCGCUUCUCCAGAAGGCGAAGUAAAGAAAAGGCGUCCACGGCGAGCGGACGCUGACUACGUCAUUGUAAAGAAGUAG